GGCCAGUGGCCACUUGGGCACUUCGAGCCAGACCCGACAAGGUUCCUAUUGUGCUACAACUACUAUCGCCCACGUCUAUCCGACUUUGCCCUUGAGCGCUUCACGAGCCCGUCACGACCUUUUGCAUCACCGCCAACCAGCACCACUCUGGGCGCCACCUCUACGCAGUCACCAAGCCAUCGAUUUUACUCCAGCGUUCACGAUGUGGAUUGUCAACUGGUUCUGGGACGUUCUGUCCAGCCUUGGACUCAUGAACAAGCAUGCGAAGCUGCUGUUCCUCGGCCUUGACAACGCCGGCAAGACCACACUGCUGCACAUGCUGAAGAACGACAGAGUCGCCAUCCUGCAGCCCACUCUGCACCCUACAUCUGAGGAGCUUGCCAUCGGCAACGUCCGCUUCACCACCUUCGACUUGGGUGGUCACCAGCAAGCCCGCCGCCUGUGGAAGGACUACUUCCCUGAGGUCAACGGCAUCGUCUUCCUCGUCGAUGCCAAGGACCACGAGCGCUUUGUCGAAUCCAAGGCCGAGCUCGACGCUCUCCUCGCGAUGGAGGAGCUUUCCAAGGUGCCCUUCGUCAUCCUCGGCAACAAGAUUGACCACCCCGAUGCCGUCUCCGAGGACGAGCUCCGCCACCAGCUCGGCAUGUACCAGACUACGGGCAAGGGCAAGGUCCCCUUGGAGGGAAUCAGGCCCAUCGAGGUCUUUAUGUGCUCUGUCGUCAUGAGACAGGGAUACGGUGACGGUAUCCGCUGGCUCUCGCAGUACGUCUAGGGGACCUGCCUCUAGGCGAGCUGCCAAAGCAACGACCACGUACAGCAGGACGCGUGGGGGGAAGAGGAGGACGGGGAAGCGGCCAUCCAAGGAAACGCGAGGUCGAUAUAAUGAGAGACGUGAAGCCAAACGACAUAGCGACGUUGAUCGUCUCGCAGUGAGGAUUUGUACUUUUGUUCAUGGAGUCACGGGUAGAGGAUACUGAUUCAAUACAAGCUCCCUGUUAUACGCUCAUGGAGAGUCUGCCUAUUUU